AUGCUUCCCUCGCCGCCGUCGGCCAUUCCGAUGCCGUACUACGCUAUCUUCGGCAUCUUCGAGCCGUUAUUGACGUUCGGCGGGUUCAUCGGCGCGUUACUGGACCCUCUCGAGACGCACAACCAACAAGAGCCGUACCACCCUGGACGCGCAUUGCCUACCGAGCUCUCGACGGCGUCGCUCGUCACCGUCACUCAAUUAGCGCAUACAUGUGCUCUCCUUGGUCUUUUGAACCUAUUCAUGCUUCGAGCACUCCGCACACAUCUCGCGUCACAACCAGCUCUUCAGGAGAAGAUCGCCACCGCGUUGCUUACGCCUCUCCUCGUCGGCGAUAUCAUGCACUUGUUCGUGACGUUCUACGCCCUGGAAGAUCAGAAGUGGGAGUACUGGAAUUAUACGCCGACGAUCUGGGCGGUCGUGGUCUUUGGAGUAGGCCUGCUUGUGCCGAGAGUGAUGUGGCACCUGGGCAUCGGGCGCUUUGUUGAUGCAAGAGACGGGAGGAGGGAUGUGGGUAGCAAUAUCGCUGUCCUCAAGUCUUGA